UGGAGUGGGGAGCGAGUAUCGUAAAUAGUUACUUUUCACCGCAGCACUCUCAGUCGGAUCGUGCGCCUCGCUAAUGAACGUUACCACAUCGAGAACGAUUCGAGAACGCUACGGAGCGAUGCAUUAGAUCAUAGUCGGUGGCACUACCUGACGUCCGAGAGCGGGAUCGCGAUACAGCGGCCAGUGAGAGUGAGUGGGUGGCAAGAUAGCGGGCGGGCAGGAAGUGAAACGAAUAGUAAUCCCCCCACCCCACCGAGCCAGUCGAAAAAAAAAAAAAACAAAUCAGUGGUUCCGAUUCGCAGACGUGUGUGCAUGUGAUUCAGAGCAAACAAAACGUACGAAAUGCAAAACAUGUGGAUCAUUUUCCUCAUCAUCGGACUGCUGGUGCUCGGGCUGCUGGUUCUGCUAAUUAUUGCGGCGCGGUAUCAGCGAGAUUAUUGGCGCUAUCUGGACAUUCCACACGAGAGACCCAAAAAGCUAUGGCCUAUCAUUAGGCAAAUAAUGACGCAGACAUUGAGUACGGAGGCUAUGAAGGCGGAGCACUACUCGGCCAUAUACAAGAAGUUCAAGGGAAGCGGUCCCUUCUGCGGAUUCUACGCCCUGUUGCAGCCACGCGCAUUGAUCCUCGAUCGGGAGCUGAUCAGGCAGAUCAUGAUCAAGGACUUUUGGAAUUUCAAUGAUCGUGGAUUGUAUUGCAAUCAGAAGUCGGAUCCCUUGUCGGGGGAUCUGUACGCGCUGCGGGGAGAGAGCUGGAAGGAGAUGCGUCAGAAACUGGAUCCAAGUCUCGAAGGUGAUCGCGUGUCCUUGCUGUAUGACUGCCUCUACGAGGAGGCGGAACAGCUUCUCUUGACGGUCAAUAGCACCCUGAUGAGCCAGCCCCAUUCCACCGUUCACAUACAGAAGAUCAUGCGGCGUCAUGUGUUAUCUUCCCUGGCCAAAUGCGUUUUUGGCUUGAAUGCCGAACAGAGGAAAACGUAUCCUCUGGAGGACUUUGAGCAGAUGACCGAGCUGGCCUUGAACAGCCACAAACAUGGCUAUCUAAUGAACCUCAUGAUGAUCCGGUUCCCCAACUUUUGUCGAAUGUUGCGCAUGCGCCGCACGCCCAAACAGGCGGAGGAGUAUUUUAUAAAACUCCUUACGAGUAUUGUGGAGCAACGAGAGACGUCCGGAAAGCCUCAGAAGGACUACUUACAACUUUUGAUCGACGUCAAGGCACUGGAGUUCAUUACCCAUCAGUAUGAAGCGGAUAAGGAACUAGGUGCCCAUCUGCAGAACGAGUUGGCCGCCCAUGCAGUUGUCUUCUUGAAGGCGGGAUACGAGCAAACGGCCAACACUCUAUCAUAUGUACUCUAUGAACUCGCAUUGCAUCCAGAAUUGCAAGUCCGCGUGCGGGAGGAGGUCAAGAAGGCCAUCGAGCGACAUGAUGGUCACAUAACCCACGAGGGCAUCAAGUCGCUCACUUUCAUGGGUCAGGUGAUCAACGAAACACUACGAAUGCAUCCCAUAACACCGUACAUCCUACGUCGCACCUUGAAUGACUACGCAGUUCCGGAUCAUCCCAAGUACAUUCUGGUCAAGGAGCUGUUCCUCAUCAUACCCACGCACGCCAUCCAUCACGAUCCGGAUAUCUACCCGGAUCCCGAGGAAUUCAAGCCGGAUCGUUGGAGCGGACCACGGGAUUCGCUGCAGCAGCAGGGCACCUGGUUUGGAUUCGGCGUGGGUGCUCGCAGCUGCAUUGGUAUACAAUUCGCGCAGCUGCAACUGCGAUUGGCUUUGGCCCUGCUCCUAUCCGAGUAUGAAUUCUCCUUGAAUACUAGGAAGCCAUUGAUCAAUCUGGAGGAUGGUAUAGCACUAACCCUGAUGCCAUUGGGAGUCAUAGAACACGGAAACGAGGAGAGGGCGGUAUAAGUUCGCAGCUUGAGAAUGCAGGAUCACUGACAUUAGCUUUAUCUCUGGGAUAGGAAAGAUUGGUAACUUGUUUAGUUAACAAGAAAUAUAGAUAAAGCCUCUAAAAUAUUAACUAACCUUCUAUAUAUAUUAUGUGGCAUCUUUGGAAAUAUUUAAAUUUAAUUUUAAUGUUUCCGCUUCAUGCUUUAUAUGGAAAAAGCAAUUAAAGCAACUCGUUGUGCACCAAAAAGUCUAAACAAAGAGAUUUAGCUUAUGUCAGUAUCUUAAUCUUUUGCCUAAUGACGAAGAAUUUACUCUAUGAACAAAGUCUAGAAAGCAAUAUAAAACUCAGCAUAGUAACUAUCCGAAACAAUAUUAAACUAAAGUUCAGGUAGCCCAAUAGGCAGAGUCAGCAUAGAAUAGUUAAUAUUAAAACACUUGCUUUUAUUUAAGAAUUUAUUUAUUUGAGAAAACAUUUGCUUUUAAAUUAGUUUGGUUUAAUUUCUAUUAAAUUAUCCUAAAGAUGAACCCUUUGAUUUGAUUCACUGUUCGUUAGUUCUGGUUAGUAUAUAUCGUUUUUUGCAUUGUCGGUUGCUUGAUAUGGUUGGUUGGUUUGUCGGCUACUUUAUGAUCGGUAGCUCAGGCCUGUGCAGUACUUAAUUGCAUUAGUUGAUCGAUGUGUCUCAGAAUUAUUACACAGAGUUAGCUGCUACUACGAUUAGCGAUUAAAUUAGAUUUACAAAUAAAUAAAACGUACGACAAACGAA